AAUAACAAGUGAAGGAAUCCAGUGCCAGUAAACUACUUCCCUUUGUGGGGAAGCACAGCCUAGAACUUAAAGCAAGUCUGCUUGGUGAUUUCAAUUUCAGUGGCAGAAGUUCGCUGGUGGGAACGUAUUGUACAGUCUGGUGCCAUCACACGUCUCCUCACAGUUAAGACCGUUGGGAACUUUCUCCACAUACAGAUUUGGCUACAAGUGGCUGGAAAUGUUUGCUAGAGCGGCCAAGCAGCUCACAAAAGAGCUGGACUCUGACAGGAGGUUCAUUCCUAUAUCCAGCUUGGCUAGUGCCGAUAGUUACAGACCCUUCUCUUUGGUCAUGAAGAAACAGUCCAGGCUGCCUUGGCCACCCAGAAAAUAUCUCGCCACCUCCUACAAACUUACAGACGUAUUCAAAGAAGGAACAGCUAUGGAUGCAGAGGUGAAAUAUGAUGCUCCGUUACGAUACUCCGAGACCACAGACCAGAAAGUAGGAGUAAAGAUCAGCCUUAAGUUACAGCCCACUGCGGUGGACUCUGGUGGCUCAUGGAAGAGUUCAUUCUCUGUCUCUCAGAUAACCGUGAGAAAAGCCUACAUGGUUAAAAAAGGGCAGUGGAAAAUUGACACGUCGCACAAGUUCAUAAAGAGGUUCUCAGGAUCCCAUAGGAUAAAGCUGUAUGUCGUGACUGAGGCUUUUGAGAUAAAGGAACCAUUGCUCAUUGAGGAGAGGAGCCAGGGAGGAGGCAAAGUCAUGAUCACAGCAGGGGAAAUAGGUGAAAUACAGGGGCAGGGCGAGAGCAUUAAAAAGAAGACUAUGGAGAUUCCUCAGGGCACGGUGGUGGCAUAUGUCGUACAGCCCCUGGAUAUCCAGGAGGAAAUAUUUCUCUGUUCUGAUUUAAUUUUCACAGAUCUGGACUUUAGAGUGCUGCCCCUGCUUGUGACCUGCAUAGAGAAGAACAUGGUGGCCAAGCAGCUUGCGCUGAUGGAUGGCAUCAUGGAGUGGAUUCUUUCCAGUGACAAAGAAAGCAUCUUCAGCCUGGCCUCUUCUCUGCCAGAAGAAGAAAAGAACAUAACUGCAGAAAUGAUGAAUACCUGCGGACUGAUUCCACAGACAGACACACCCUCUCUCACCUACCUGUGGAAUAAGGAAGCCCAAUCAAACCUAACUGCACUGUAUGCAGCCUUAUAUGCUUUGUGGAUUCUAAGCGAGUGAUACCAGUUUAAGUAGGCGGGUGUAAAUAUAAAAAAUGUGGAUCAACAAAGAGCUACAAAUCAUCACCCUAAAGCAGGGUUGGGAAAAUUAUGGCCCAUGGGCCUCAUCCGGUCCGUCAGACCAUUUAAUCCGGCCCUCAGCUCCCGCUGGGGAGCGGGGUCUGGGGCUUGCCCUGCUCCCGCCCUCCAGCCAGGGAGCAAGGUUGGGUGCUUUCCCUACUCUGCUGCCCCAUCUGCAGGCGCCGCCCCCGCAACUCCCAUUGGCAACGGUUCCCGGCCAAUGGGAGCUGCAGGGGUGGCACUUGCGGAUGGGGCAGCGCACAAAGCCGCUUGGCUGCGCCUCGCAGCUGGAGGUGGGACAUGCUUCUGGGAGCUGCUUGCUGUAAGCAUCUGGAGCCUGCAUUCCUGAAGCCCACCGCCCCCCGCAUCCCAAUCCCCGGAUCCCCCUCCUGUCCUCCGAACCCCUUGAUCCCAGCCCAGGGCCCCCUGUGCACCCCAAGCCCCUCAU